AUGAACUCUGCAACACAUGCUUUUACUACUCCUGACGGCUAUCUGACACUAAAACAAACAGCCACCAUCCUUUAUCCAGUUUCGAUACUCAAGGCGUCUUUUGUCAUUGAUGUGAAGAGUGAUUCAUGUUUGGAUAUAGAAAUAACGUCCUCAACAUCAAAAGAGCGACUGACAGCACAAACUCUUUCCUGCAUCACCUGUGGAAAGACAUUCAGUUCACAGAGACAUUUAGAGAGACAUGAGAGAAAACACACAGAACAGAAACUCUUCACCAGAUCUGAGAUCAGCUUUACUACCUUACAAGAGAAGAAACUUCAUUCAGAAGACCACAGAGAGAAGAAGAAGCAGUUUUACUGUGAGCAGUGUGGGAAGAUAACCAUGGUUGACAAAUGGACAGUAGACGACACGUGUCAAUGGCUUCAGAAUAUAAACCUUAUUGAUGCAAAAGAAACUUUCAGAGAGCAGCAAAUUGAUGGGGAGACUCUGCUGGGUCUCACAGAAAGGAUGGUGGAAAGACUUUUUCCUCUUAUGAAACAUCAGGUGACAUUUAUGAAGGAGCUUAAUAAGUUAAAAAACUUGGAAACUGGAACUGAAGUGCAUCAGAGGUCUUGUAUUCAACAAGAACCCUGUGACCCAAUUGUUGCGCAACCUUGGCCAGCAGUAUACAACCUGCCUGUCUUUCCCCCUGAAUUGCAAGCAGCUUUGCAGAGGAAGGACCCUAGCUUUAAGAAGAAAGACAAGUCUCACAUCCGUGCAUUACUAGUUCAAGUAUUGUUCGACAGCAUCACCAAGCACACCUGGUACCCAAGUCAUAAAAUUUAUGGAUAUGUUUUGGGGAGUUUGAUUACCCGCUUUCCAUUUUUGAAGGAUGGCAGCCGCUCUGGUUAUGAUACCUUGUUGGAAUGCCUUAGAAACAAGUUUAAAAAGGAAAGGAUUCCCUUGGUUAGCUCAUCAAUCGUCAUGGAAAUGAAGGAGAAGUAUGGGAUCAAAAGAAAGAGUGACAGACAAACAGACUCACAGAAUCAACAUCAAAAGAAUGCAAAAUGUAGAAGAGAACCACUGGACAGAAUGGCAUACAAUGAUUCUGCUUGUUCAGAGAUUGUGUUGGACCUGGAAGUAAUUGGUGAGGAUGAGACAAGUUUCCAGCAACACAUUAAUGCUAUCACCCUAGAGUUGCGUAAAAACAACCCCAAUUACUCUGAGGUCAAGAACCGGAUGAAGCACACUCUUUUCCAAAGAGUACAGAUGAUGGAGAGGCCUGCAUCUGAAGUAAUGGAGCAGUUUCCUUUUCUUGGAGUGCCACAGCUUAUUCUGUAUGAAAUGACAAUGAGGUUCGGAACCGACUUGGUACAGAACAUGGAGACAUCUUUAAAUAAAAUGGCCCCAAACAUCAUCAGGAGUGCCAAAGAAGGGAGUCAAAAAAAACUAUAUGCCAAUCUCAUCUCAACAGCAGAGGAAACCACAGAAGGUCUUGUUAGGAAUGCUGCACUUAUUUUAUUGCCAGCAUUAUUUAAAGAAAACGCCAGCUUCCUCUACUGUGCAAAUAGUGAACCCAAAGGUCCCACACCAACCAUUGUGUUUAACGGCUCUCCAGAUCCCCUCAAAGCUGAAAGUGUCAGCAUUGUAAUGGACAAUGUGACAAUCAUUAAAGAGGCCAUCAUUGACAUGACACAGGCGGUGGAAUGCCUCUUUGCAGUUUAUUUUCUUUUUAAUGUUCGUUUCCCUGUUGCCAUUAAGCACACAAUGACUUUUAUUCGAAAAUACAUGCUUAAAUUGAAAUGUCGUCAUGAGAAAAAAACACCAAUACCUGUGCAAAAAAUGUACAAUCAACUUCUGUGAUUGUAAUUCUGUGAAUUGUCAUCAUCUUUCUACAUGUUGUAAUUUUUUAUGAAUUAUCUCUUCUUUUACUCAUUUCAUAUAAAUGUAAAUAUCUUAUCUUUGUUUAAACAAAUUGAAAAUGCGUAAUGGAAGUAAUUUAAACAAAUGUGUAAUGUAGUGUAAUUAAAUGUUUAAUUAAACAGUUUAUGUAAAUUA